UCUGAAAUCAUAAAAAUCAAUAUAUUGUUUACGACCUUUGAAACUGUGAUGUGUUGUAAAUUGAUUUUAUGCCCAAUGCAUUGGCCCAUUUUGAUGUUUUGAAAGUGCGUUAUAAACUGCCAACCAUAGGAGUCGGUCACAUUACUGUAAGGCAAUCACAAUGCACUUGACAGAACUUCUGGUCGGAUUGAUCUUUGUGUUCGCCAUGUUGAGACCUUAUGGAAAUGCCGUAUAUGGGUCAGCAGAGAAAAAUAGCAACCAAUAUCCAUGGGCUCCGACGACUACAACGCACAAAACACCAUAUAAAAUAUCUGGUGAUAUUUGAAAACUCUUAAAUAUGUUACUAAAAUUGUCAAUCGAAUAAAUAAAUAAUAAGAACUGAA